GCGAGAGUUUAGAGAGCUGCACUUCUUUAUCAGGUGGAAGUUCUGCUGGGAGUCGGCCACUGCAGCCUCGGUCAGCCUGGGAAACACUUUCUUCUGCUGGAGCUCACCCAUCAAUCAGAGCCAAGAUGCCUAAAACAGUAAAUGUACGCGUCACCACGAUGGACGCGGAGCUGGAGUUCUCCUUCCACCCCAGCACCACCGGAAAGCAGCUCUUUGACCAGGUUGCCCGCACCAUCGGCCUGCGUGAGAUUUGGUACUUUGGGCUUCAGUUUAUCGACGCCAAAGGAUUCCUCACAUGGCUGAACUCUGAAAAGAAGGUCAUGGCCCAGGGUGUGAAGAAGGAAGCUACCCUGCAGUUCAAGCUGAGGGUCAAGUUUUACCCCGAAGACGUGACGGAGGAGUUGAUCCAGGACGUCACUCGGAGGCUCUUCUUCAUGCAGGUGAAAGAGGACAUCCUGUCAGAGGACAUCUACUGUCCUCCGGAGACCGCCGUGCUGCUGGCCUCUUACGGCAUCCAGGCCAAGUAUGGAGAGUACAACAGAGCGGUGCACAAACGGGGUUACAUGUCCUCCGAGCGCCUGCUGUCAAAGAAAGUCCUGGAGCAACACAAGCUGUCCAAGGAGCAGUGGGAAGAGAGAAUCCAGGUCUGGCACGAGGAGCACAGAUCCAUGCUGAAGGAAGAGGCCAUGCUUGAGUACCUGAAGAUCGCUCAGGAUCUGGAGAUGUAUGGAGUCAACUACUUUGAGAUCAAGAACAAGAAGGGAACAGAUCUGUGGUUAGGAGUUGACGCUCUGGGAUUGAACAUCUAUGAGAAGGACGACAGGCUGUCUCCAAAGAUUGGAUUUCCCUGGAGUGAAAUUAGAAACAUUUCUUUCAAUGAUAAGAAGUUCAUCAUCAAGCCCAUAGACAAGAAAGCACCUGAUUUCGUAUUCUAUGCCCCACGACUGAGAGUCAACAAGCGCAUCCUGCAGCUGUGCAUGGGCAACCACGAGCUGUACAUGCGCCGCCGCAAGACCGACACCAUCGAGGUCCAGCAGAUGAAAGCUCAGGCCAAAGAGGAGAGGCUGCAGAAGAAGAUGGAAAGGGAUCAGCUGGAGAGUGAGAAGAAGAGGAGGGAGGCCAUUGAGAAAGACAAGGAGCAGAUGGAGAGAGAGAAGCAGGAACUGAUGAAGAGGCUCCAGCAGUUUGAAGAGACAACCAAGAGAGCAGAGAAAGAGCUUCAGGAGCAGCUGGACAGGGCCAUGAGGCUGGAGGAGGAGAGGAGGAGGGUGGAGCAGGAGGCGGCCCGGCUGGAGGCUGAGAGGAUGGAGGCCAUAAUAGCCAAGGAGGAGCUGGCCAGGCAAGCUGAGGACCAGAUAAAGAGCCAGGAGCAGCUGGCUGCAGAACUGGCCGAGUACAGCGCCAAGAUUUCUGUGCUGGAGGAGGCUAAGAGAAUCAAGGAGGAGGAGGCUGAGACAUGGCACAGCAAGGCUAAGGAAGUGGAGGAGAACCUGCUGAAGACAAAGGAGGAGCUGCACAAUGUAAUGACCACUAAUUCAACUCCCGCUCCUCCUCCUCCUCCCGCACCCGCUUCCUCCUCCUCUUCCUCCUCAUCCUCGGAUAGCGAGAGCGACCACGAAGAGCACAGCGAAGAGCACAGCGAAGAGCACAGCGAAGAGAACAGCACCUACAGCGCCGAGCUACACUCACAGGAAAUCAACGACCACCGUGAGGAGGAGGACAGGAUCACUGAGGCUGAGAAGAACCAACGCCUGCAGAAACAACUGAUGGCCCUGAGCUCAGAGCUGGAAGACGCCCGAGACCAGAAUAAGAAGACCGCAGACGAUCUGCUCCACGCCGAGAACGUCCGAGCCGGCCGCGACAAGUACAAGACCCUGCGUCAGAUCCGUAUGGGCAACACCAAGCAGAGGAUUGAUGAGUUUGAGGCCUUGUAGAAAACCUUUUAGAGACAUGAAGAUCUCUCCAAAAAAAUACCUCAUCAAGGCUUGUUCAGUGUAAUUUAAGUGUGAUGUAAUUGCAGCCACACCUGA